UCUGAAUCAGGCCGAACCCCCUUGGACUCCUCCUACUCCUAUCUCCUUUCCUCCUCUUGCUUUCUCCGUCUCCGUACUCUCCUUUUAUUCCCCUUUGUCCUUGCAGAACGAGUCUCACACCGCAUAGACCGGCACUCAGUACCCCGUGGGACCCUCGCCUAUUCAUCUGAACAUCUCGCCGUGUCGUGACUUUCUCCUCUCCGUUUCAAGUCGUCUAGACCAGUUUUCCAAUAUUUCGGUGGAAAUCAACAAAUCGAGAAUAUGCCGCCUCCUUUAAUACAGCACCUGACACAAGCGCUGCCGCAGCAUUGUGAGCCGUCUUCGCCCUUUUUCGCUGCCAUUUCCGCACAUCUACACACGUGCAUACCUACGCCGCUCGCUCUCAUCUCAUCGGUGUUGGGCACCCUCAGCAUCGUCUCCUGGCUCUUUGCACAACUCCCACAGAUAUACAAGAAUGUCCAGUUGCAAUCUACGUCAGGCUUGUCCAUUUUCUUUCUUGUGGAGUGGUGCUUGGGAGAUACUAGCAACCUGAUCGGCGCUAUACUCACUCGGCAAGCUACUUGGCAAGUCAUCAUUGCAAGCUACUAUGUCCUGGUCGACGUUACACUUGUCUUCCAGUUUUUCUGGUACACACAUAUCAAAGGGCGUCAGAAUGGCUACGCUAGUCUCUCUCACUCACAUCAUGAGGGCGGCACCGGGGGUGUAUUAGAAGGGGUAUCCUUUUCCGAGAAUGACUCGAUCAACCAUGCACCUUCAGAGACCACAGUCAACUCAGACGCGAAGGAUGUGAAAGGUCGCAAAGAAUCUAUCUUCGGUUCUUAUAAUGGCCAGGUUCCGUCGUACUCCAAUGAGAAGCUGAGCUCAUCCCGUCGGUCCAUGGUCAGAAAAAGCAGUGGUCCCAGCCUGCCUAUUGCCUCUACGCGCACAGUUCUUUUAGCAUCGAUGCUCUGCGCCGUUGUGGCCAACGCAGCACCAACGGAGCCAGCCACCGAACCGCACCCCUAUUUCCUCAGCCUGGAGUUCUUUGGUGCCCUUUUCUCAUGGAUGUCAACCGUCCUAUAUCUUUUCUCCCGCCCACCUCAAUUAUACAAGAAUUACAAACGCAAGAGCACAUCCGGCCUGUCUCCGCUACUCUUCAUGGCCGCAUUCAGCGGAAACUUCUUCUACUCCACGUCACUCCUCACAAACCCCAACGCCUGGUACGACUACCCUCCGUACGGCGGCGGCGGAUGGGCUGACUCCGACGGCAACAACCGCGCCGAAUGGCUAGGCAGAGCUAUCCCCUUCUUCCUGGGGGCAUUCGGCGUCCUCUUCUUUGACGGUUUCAUGGGCGUGCAAUUCCUGAUGUACGGCACGCGAGAUGACGAGUCCAUUAUCGAAAUCGAAGAUCCGAAGUGCGGACGCAGUCGCUGGAUGCGAGUCCGCGGCUGGAUGAGAGGCUGGAUCCCCUCCGUGUCCCCUACCCGGCAAGCCCACCACCACCGUACUCCCUCAGAAAGCCAGGCGCUUCUAGAAGAAGAUUGUGAUAGAUACGGUACAGUUUAAAUGAUUAACUAGACUUCAUGUCGUGUAAUCAUCUAGAACUUUCUGUUUUCUUUACACUCAUUUACCUUUCUCGACUGCGUUAAGCAGGUACGAUUUCUUUAUGACUUCAUGACGAUAUUUCGGUGUGUGGGCUUUACUGUUUCUUAUCGUUUCAAAUUCUCCGGUUUUCACAGGUUCAUUCUCCAUCGUUCGGCGCCUUUGUUUUAGUUGUUCUUCUAUAUAUCCUUUGGACGUUAUUGGAUUCAGGAAUGGGCUGGACUCCAGGGUUUACUUUGAGGUGUUUGGUUACGGAUAGAUAUCUGCAUACGGGGUGCAUAUAUAGCAUAAACCUAAGGUACUCGAAUACUAUUUGACUUAUUGGAGCAACGUACAU